GGAGUGGAAAACAGAGACCGGGGAUGAAGGUGACUCGGGGCUGAGGACAGGAUGGUCUGGAGUCCAGUUUGGAGACAAAUUCUAGAAAACAAGGCGAUGCCAUCAUGAGGAUGCUGCACACUCUCCAGGCCCAGCCCUUGAGCACGGGCCCCGCCCGCCCUGUCUGCGGGCCGACUCCGCGACGCCGACCGGCUCGCGCCUCCGCCCCCGAGAGCCCCGGCGGGCGGAGUUGCGGGUGAGGGGAGGGCUGGUUUCGGGGGCGGGGGUCCCGAUGACGGCAUCGGAGCGCGCCGCACUGGGGAUGGAAGCCUGACUGCCUGGCUCGGGACGGCGCUCGCAGCCAGGCAGGGCCCAGAGCAGUCCUCCCUCGGCAUGGGGCUGGAGGCUCAGAGGCUGCCAGGGGCUGAAGAGGCCCCAGUGCGGGUUGCCCUGCGAGUUCGACCACUGCUGCCCAAGGAGCUGCUGCACGGGCAUCAGAGCUGCCUGCAGGUGGAGCCAGGGCUUGGCCGCGUCACCCUGGGCCGUGACCGACACUUUGGCUUCCACGUGGUGCUGGCCGAGGAUGCCGGGCAGGAGGCCGUGUACCAGGCCUGCGUUCAGCCCCUCCUUGAGGCCUUCUUCGAGGGCUUCAAUGCCACUGUCUUUGCCUAUGGUCAGACGGGCUCAGGGAAGACAUACACCAUGGGGGAGGCCAGUGUGGCCUCCCUCCUUGAGGAUGAGCAGGGCAUUGUCCCGAGGGCCAUGGCCGAGGCCUUCAAGCUCAUCGAUGAGAACGACCUGCUUGACUGUCUGGUACAUGUGUCCUACCUGGAAGUGUACAAGGAGGAGUUCCGAGACCUGCUCGAGGUGGGCACUGCCAGCCGUGACAUCCAGCUCCGGGAAGAUGAGCGCGGGAAUGUUGUGCUGUGCGGGGUGAAGGAGGUGGACGUGGAGGGCCUGGAUGAGGUGCUGAGCCUCCUGGAGAUGGGCAACGCGGCGCGGCACACGGGAGCCACGCACCUCAACCACCUGUCUAGCCGCUCACACACGGUCUUCACCGUGACCCUGGAGCAGCGGGGGCGCGCCCCCAGCCGCCUGCCCCGCCCCGCCCCGGGCCAGCUGCUCAUCUCCAAGUUCCACUUCGUGGACCUGGCGGGCUCAGAGAGGGUGCUCAAGACGGGCAGCACCGGCGAGCGGCUCAAGGAGAGCAUCCAGAUCAACAGCAGCCUCCUGGCGCUGGGCAACGUCAUCAGCGCCCUGGGGGACCCUCAGCGCCGGGGCAGCCACAUCCCCUACCGCGACUCCAAGAUCACCCGGAUCCUCAAAGACUCGCUGGGCGGGAACGCCAAGACGGUGAUGAUCGCCUGCGUCAGCCCUUCCUCCUCCGACUUCGACGAGACCCUCAACACCCUCAACUACGCCAGCCGCGCCCAGAACAUCCGCAACCGCGCCACGGUCAACUGGCGGCCCGAGGCCGAGCGGCCACCCGAAGAGGCGGCGAGCGGCGUGCGGGGUCCGCCACGGCACCGCUCCGAGACCCGCAUCAUCCACCGCGGCCGGCGCGCCCCGGGCCCAGCCACCGCCUCCGCGGCGGCCGCCAUGCGCCUGGGCGCCGAUUGCGCGCGCUACCGGGCCUGCACCGACGCCGCCUACAGCCUCCUGCGCGAGCUGCAGGCCGAGCCCGGGUUGCCCGGCGCCGCCGCCCGCAAGGUGCGCGACUGGCUGUGCGCCGUCGAGGGCGAGCGCAGCGCCCUGAGCUCCGCCUCCGGGCCUGACAGCGGCAUCGAGAGCGCCUUCGUCGAGGACCAGGCGGCACAGGGGGCCAGCGGGCGAAAGGAGGAUGAGGGGGCGCAGCAGCUGCUGACCCUGCAGAACCAGGUGGCGCGGCUGGAGGAGGAGAACCGAGACUUUCUGGCUGCGCUGGAGGACGCCAUGGAGCAGUACAAACUGCAGAGCGACCGGCUGCGUGAGCAGCAGGAGGAGAUGGUGGAACUGCGGCUGCGGUUAGAGCUGGUGCGGCCAGGCUGGGGGGGCCCGCGGCUCCUGAAUGGCCUGCCUCCCGGGUCCUUUGUGCCUCGACCUCAUACAGCCCCCCUGGGGGGUGCCCACGCCCAUGUGCUGGGCAUGGUGCCCCCUGCCUGCCUCCCUGGAGAUGAAGUUGGCUCUGAGCAGAGGGGAGAGCAGGUGACAAAUGGCAGGGAGGCUGGAGCUGAGUUGCUGACUGAGGUGAACAGGCUGGGAAGUGGCUCUUCAGCUGCUUCAGAGGAGGAAGAGGAGGAGGAGGAGCCGCCCAGGCGGACCUUACACCUGCGCAGAAAUGGGAUCAGCAACUGCAGUCAGAGGGCGGGGGCCCGCCCAGGGAGUCUGCCAGAGAGGAAGGGCCCAGAGCUUUGCCUUGAAGAGUUGGAUGCGGCCAUUCCAGGGUCCAGAGCAGUUGGUGGGAGCAAGGCCCGGGUUCAGGCCCGCCAGGUCCCCCCUGCCACGGCCUCAGAGUGGCGGCUGGCCCAGGCCCAGCAGAAGAUCCGGGAGCUGGCUAUCAACAUCCGCAUGAAGGAGGAGCUCAUUGGCGAGCUGGUCCGCACAGUGGAUGAGGCUCAUUUAAAAGGAAAGGCAGCUCAGGCCCUGAACCGCCAGCACAGCCAGCGUAUCCGGGAGCUGGAGCAGGAGGCAGAGCAGGUGCGGGCCGAGCUGAGUGAAGGCCAGAGGCAGCUGCGGGAGCUCGAGGGCAAGGAGCCCCAGGAUGCUGGCGAGCGGUCUCGGCUCCAGGAGUUCCGCAGGAGGGUCGCUGCGGCCCAGAGCCAGGUGCAGGUGCUGAAGGAGAAGAAGCAGGCUACGGAGCGGCUGGUGUCACUGUCGGCCCAGAGUGAGAAGCGACUGCAGGAGCUCGAGCGGAACGUGCAGCUCAUGCGGCAGCAGCAGGGACAGCUGCAGAGGCGGCUUCGCGAGGAGACGGAGCAGAAGCGGCGCCUGGAGGCAGAGAUGAGCAAGCGGCAGCACCGUGUCAAGGAGCUGGAGCUGAAGCAUGAGCAGCAGCAGAAGAUCCUGAAGAUUAAGACAGAAGAGAUCGCGGCCUUCCAGAGGAAGAGGCGCAGUGGCAGCAACGGCUCUGUGGUCAGCCUGGAACAGCAGCAGAAGAUUGAGGAGCAGAAGAAGUGGCUGGACCAGGAGAUGGAGAAGGUGCUACAGCAGCGGCGGGCGCUGGAGGAGCUUGGGGAGGAGCUCCACAAGCGGGAGGCCAUCCUGGCCAAGAAGGAGGCCCUGAUGCAGGAGAAGACGGGGCUGGAGAGCAAGCGCCUGAGGUCCAGCCAGGCCCUCAACGAGGACAUCGUGCGAGUGUCCAGCCGGCUGGAGCACCUGGAGAAGGAGCUGUCCGAGAAGAGCGGGCAGCUGCGGCAGGGCAGCGCCCAGAGCCAGCAGCAGAUCCGCGGGGAGAUCGACAGCCUGCGCCAGGAGAAGGACUCGCUGCUCAAGCAGCGCCUGGAGAUCGACAGCAAGCUGAGGCAGGGGAGUCUGCUCUCCCCCGAGGAGGAGCGGACGCUGUUCCAGUUGGAUGAGGCCAUCGAAGCCCUGGAUGCUGCCAUUGAGUAUAAGAAUGAGGCCAUCACGUGCCGCCAGCGGGUGCUUCGGGCCUCAGCCUCGUUGCUGUCCCAGUGCGAGAUGAACCUCAUGGCCAAGCUCAGCUACCUCUCAUCCUCAGAGACCAGAGCCCUCCUCUGCAAGUAUUUUGACAAGGUGGUGACGCUCCGAGAGGAGCAGCACCAGCAGCAGAUUGCCUUCUCGGAACUGGAGAUGCAGCUGGAGGAGCAGCAGAGGCUGGUGUACUGGCUGGAGGUGGCCCUGGAGCGGCAGCGCCUGGAGAUGGACCGCCAGCUGACCCUGCAGCAGAAGGAGCACGAGCAGAACAUGCAGCUGCUCCUGCAGCAGAGUCGAGACCACCUCGGUGAAGGGUUAGCAGACAGCAGGAGGCAGUAUGAGGCCCGGAUUCAAGCUCUGGAGAAGGAACUGGGCCGUUACAUGUGGAUAAACCAGGAACUGAAACAGAAGCUCGGCAGUGUGAACGCUGUAGGCCACAGCAGGGGUAACUCCUCGUCGCGCUCUGAAGUCAGACCUGUUCCCUUUCUUUGGGGAAAGCUUAGAGACCACUCUUCCUCGAGCCUUUAUUGGCUCAAUUCACAGGCGGGGAGAAGAGGAGCCUGUGCUCGGAGGGCAGACAGGCUCCUGGAAAUGAAGAUGAGCUCCACCUGGCACCCGAGCUACUCUGGCUGUCCCCCCUCACUGAGGGGGCCCCCCGCACCCGGGAGGAGACGCGGGACUUGGUCCACGCUCCAUUACCCUUGACCUGGAAACGCUCGAACCUGUGUGGGGACUCUUCAACAACACCAAUAUCAGGACCAGGAUCAGAGGACCUCGAGGAACCACAUGCACAAGGAUUAUUCCAUACCACUUGUAAUUAACACUUAUUAAGGAGACAGGCAGCUUCUCACUUAACAAGAUCACAAAGAUCACAGGGUCUGAUAACACCAGCGCUGGUAAAGGGCUCUCAUACGUGAUUAUUGUUAAGAGGGAGGCUGGCCACAGUGUCUCACGCCUGUAAUCCCAGCACCUUAGGAGGCUGAGGCGGGUGGAUCACUUGAGGUCAGGAGUUCGAGACCAGCCUGGCCAACAUGGUGAAACCCCGUCUCUACUAAAAAUACAAAAAUUAGCUGGGCGUGGUGGCAUGCGCCUGUAGUCCCAGCUACUUGGGAGGCUGAGGCAAGAGAAUUGCUUGAACCCGGGAGGCAGAGGUUGCAGUGAGCCAGGAUCGCACCACUGCACUCCAGCCUGGCAACAGAGCUAGACUCUGUCUCAAAAAAAAAAAAAAAAAAAAGAUAGCUGGGUGCAGUGGCACACACCUGUAGUUCCAGCUACUCUGGAGGCUGAGGUAGGAGAAUCACUUGAACCCGGGAGGCAGAGGUUGCAGUGAGCUGGGAUUGUGCCACUGCACUCCAGCCUGAGUGACAGAGUGAGAUUCCUACUCAGAAAAAGAGUGAGAUGGUUAGAAUGUGGUUUUGUUUUGCUUUUGUUUUUAUUUUUUGGAAAGCAAUUUUACAACAUCAGAAUUAUAAACCCCAUUAAUAUAUUAAAAAAUUAUACCAAACUAUCAGACUAUCAUAGUAAUGAGCAGCAACAUUCAAGUUUCUGUUUAAGAGCCUUAAUUUCUGCCAAUGUGUCAAGGAUGUUAUAAAAAAUUUAAUUAAAAAUAUAUAUGCCUCUGACCCACCAAUUUCACUUUUCGCAAUUUAACCUAUAAACUUCACAACUGUGUAAAAUCCAUAUACAAAUAAUGUCGAGAUGGGUUUCUGACAAAAUGAAGGAGGUGUGCUUCUAUUACCCUUGAAAUCAAGCUAAAAACCCAUGACAUUAUCUAUACAAUGAGCAGGAGACAAUUCUGAAAGGCAGAGAGAAGAAGGCAGCCUGGCUGGGGACUUUGGGACCUGAGGAGGGCAGUGAGCUAGCUCCCUGGGUUUUCUGUUUGCUGCCUACACCCCUAGACUGGGUGCCUGAAAAGCUGACAACCCAGGUAUACCAGGAGCAAACUACAGAUGCCCCAAAGAAGGAGAGCUCUCAAGCCAAAGAACUAGGAAAGGGUCAGCCAAGCAAGACAGAAAACUUUCAGACAAUAACAGCCCUACUCCAACCAAUCGCUGCAGAAAAAACUGCAGCCCCACCCACACCUCUGUCAGCAAAGGCUGAAUUGGGAUCCCAGACU